AUGAUCGCUAGCAUCAUCGACGGCAAAAUAAUGGUCAGAAGAUGUCUCGUGACGUUCAAGCCGUUCAGGAUAUUUGUGGUAGGCAUAGGCUUCUUCAGCUUGUGUUUCCUAAUGACCUCUCUUGGGGGACAGUUCUCCGCCAAGAGACUAGGAGAUGCUCCCUUCACCAUCCGCACAGAAGUGCUGGGAGGUGUGGAGUCCCGGGGCGUGCUGAGGAAGAUCACAGACAUGCUGGAGGUCAUCUUGAAGAGGAUGGACAGCCUGUCCAAGCUGGACAACACGUCUGCCGCCAGCACACGGCGCCUAGAUGAGCUCAGUUCGGCCAUCAACAGGUUCCAGCCUGUAGGCCUGGUGGAGAGGAUCCAGGCUAUAGCCCAGAACGUGUCCAACAUGGCCAACAGAGUGGAACAGAUACUGCAGAGCAGCAUGGCCCAAGGACGAGCGAUGAGAGACGGGACAUCCGGCCAGUGUGAGGUUCCCAGGGACCCUCGCUACCCAGACUGCCCUGGCAAGGUGGAUUGGAUGCGGGCCCGCUGGACCUCAGACCCGUGCUAUGCCUUCUACGGCGUGGACGGCUCCGACUGCUCCUUCCUGAUCUACCUGAGUGAGGUGGAGUGGUUCUGCCCCCCACUGGCCUGGAGGAACCAGAGCAACAUCCCCCCCACCCAGCACACAUCGCCAGCCAGGACAGCCCCAAGACAGGCUGCGUUCCGCACGGACCUGUCGGUGCUGCUGGAGCAGGUGGGGGGGGGGAAGGAGUCGCUGAGCUUCAUGAAGCAGCGGAUGCGCCGGCUGGCCCAGCAGUGGGGCAGCGCGGCCCUGCGGCUGGACAGCACCCUGCAGCACCGCUGGAGGGACCAGAGGAAGAUCCUGGUCCACGUGGGCUUCCUGACGGAGGAGUCCGGAGACGUGUUCAGCCCUAAGGUCCUGAAGGGCGGGCCCCUGGGGGAGAUGGUCCAGUGGGCGGACAUCUUGACUGCCCUCCACGUGCUGGGCCACAACCUGAAGAUCUCCAUGUCCGUCAAAGAGCUGCACGGGUUCCUAGGCGUUCCCCCAGGAAGAGGAAGUUGCCCGCUCACUGGCCCCUUGCCCUUUGACCUCAUCUACACAGACUACCAUGGCCUCCAGCAGAUGAAGCAGCACAUGGGGCUGUCGCUGAAGAAACACAAGUGCCAUAUCCGGGUGAUCGACACCUUCGGGACGGAGCCGGCCUACAACCACGAGGAGUACGCCACGCUGCACGGCUAUCGGACCAACUGGGGCUACUGGAACCUCAACGCACGCCAGUACAUGACCAUGUUCCCUCACACGCCAGACAACUCCUUCAUGGGGUUUGUGUCAGAGGAGCUGAACGAGACGGAGAAGAGGAACAUCCAGCAGAACAAGGUCAACAACAUGGCCGUGGUCUACGGGAAGGAGGCCAGCAUGUGGAAGCUCCACCAGGGUAAAGAGGGCUUCCUGCAGAUCCUCCACAGGUACAUGGAGGUGCACGGCACCGUGUACUACGAGACCCAGAGGCCCCCGGAGGUCCCUGCCUUCGUCAAGAACCACGGCCUGCUGCCCCAGCACGAGCUCCAGCAGCUGCUGCGCAAGGCCAAGCUUUUCAUUGGCUUUGGCUUCCCAUACGAAGGACCCGCCCCUUUGGAGGCCAUAGCCAAUGGCUGCAUAUUCCUACAGCCCAAGUUCCAACCUCCACACAGCUCACUCAACCACGAGUUCUUUAGAGGCAAGCCCACUUCCCGAGGGGUGUCCUCCCAGCACCCAUACGCAGAGCAGUACAUCGGCAGGCCUCACGUCAUGACGGUGGACUACAACAACUCCCAGGAGUUUGACACAGCCAUUAGGGAGAUCAUGAGGACCAAGGUGGAGCCGUACCUUCCGUACGAGUACACGUGCGAGGGAAUGCUGGAGAGGGUGCACGCCUACAUACAGAACCAGGACUUCUGUGUUCCAGAGCCUCCAUUCCCGCUGGGCAACCUCUCCAAACCGCUGGCGAGCAGCAUGAGUCCGGGGCCUCUGUUUGUCCCCCUGCCCAACACCACAGCCCUUGGCUGGGCCGCCAACGUCACUCCCCCCCCUGUUUGGCCUCCCGUCAGCUCCCUGCGGCUUCUGGCGUCCCAGGAGGGCCAGUCCUGCAUCGAGACCUGUCAGUCUGCCCGUCUGGUCUGUGAGCCCGCCCACUUCCGCUUCAUCAACAACAAGGAGGCUCUGAGAGGGCUGGACGUUCAGUGCGAGGCGCUGGAUUCCGAGUCCAACCACCUCCUGCCCGCCUUCUCGGUGGCGCGGCGAGAGUGCAGCCUGCAGCAGGACCCCCUGCUGUUCAGCUGCGCCGGCCACUCCCCCAGGUACAGGCGGCUCUGCCCCUGCAGGGACUUCCGCCGCGGCCAGGUGGCGCUGUGCAGGGAGUGUCUAUGA